AUGUACGCGCGUUUGCUGAGAGAGCGGGCUUUGUAUGCGCAAGUGACUGGGACGCAACUGCCCGCAGCGGUUGUGGCCGCCAAGUUCGUAUCAGCGCUUGCACCACCUUUGAGGGGGGCCCUUGAGACGGCGUGGGGUCGCAUGCUUGGAGAUUUCACUGUCGAGCAAGUCAGGGAGCACGCCCUGUUUUAUGAAGAGAGACAAGUGGGCAGGACCGUCAGCGAUCUAGACAAGUCCGCAAAAUGCAGGAAGACCAUCAGCCCCUAUCCCGGCUCCAAGGCGAUGAAUGGGUCAGGGUCCAUGGCUGCCGCAGCGACUGAGCAGUCCAGAGUCUCUCCUAGUCGCCAACCUCAGGGCUCCUCUAUUCAUGGUGGUAUCACCGCCGGGAAUCGUUGUAAGUAUUGUUCGGAGAGAGGCUAUAAGAAAGCCGAUAAGCACUCCGACGCGUUAUGUUGGGAGAAUCCGGCGAAUGCGAGCAAGCGUCCUCCAUGGUUCAGGCCGUUAGAAGGCCGUCUCCCUAGAGGCCCGGCGGUUAACGGGUCGGCCGUAGUGGAGGCGGGUAAAACCUUUGUGACAUGCGCGAAGGGCCGGCAAGGUCUGGUAGGGAUCGAGACCCUUCUGGAAGGACGACGGAGUGCGAAUCAAACGCCGGCUUUGUUAUUGUUGGAUACCGGUAGUGAGUGCACCCUGGCCUCAGCGCAGCUUAUCUCGAGACUGGGACUUGAAGUGAGAACAUACGGAAGCCCGGUGGUCUUGGAAGCUGCAGGGGAGGGUGGUACAGUGAACGUGGUCGGGGAAGUCGCUCUACCGGCGAUGGUUGGUGGCAACGAUGGGAAGUGGUACAGGUUCCACUUGACGGUGCAGGUGGCCACUGACCUCAAUCCGGCCGUGGUAGAUUCUUCGGCCAUCCUUCUUGGUCUAGGCUCGCUGAGAAAGAUGGGAGCCGAGAUCGCA